CUCUAUGUGCUCUGGGAUUGGCCGGCAACCAGUUCAGGUUGUACCCCUCCUCCUGCCCGAUGAUAGUUGGGAUAGGCUACAUCACUCCCCCCACCCUUGUGAGGAUAAGCAGCUAAGAAAAUGGCUGGCUGGAUAGUGUGGUCUCUAUACAAAUUUACAAGUGUUUUCAAAAUGAUGCCAGGGAUCUCAGAAGUGAAGAAGAAGUGGGCAGCGGUUCGAGGCCGCCUGGGAUCGUCGCAGGACUCAGAUACCCAACAGGAAGCCAAUUUGGAGAAUGCUGAUCCGGAGCUCUGUAUCAGACUGCUCCAGGUUCCCACUGUGGUUAACUAUUCCGGCCUGAAGCGUCGCCUGGACGGAAGCGACCAGACAUGGAUGGUCCAGUUCCUGGAGCUAAGCGGGCUGGAUCUCCUCUUGGAGGCCCUGGAGCGCCUUUCGGGCCGAGGUUGCUCUCGCAUCCCAGACGCCCUUCUGCAGCUCACCUGUGUCAACUGCGUCCGGGCUGUCAUGAACUCUUCAGCAGGGAUCCACUUCAUCAUUGACAACGAGGGAUACAUUCGGAAGCUGUCCAAAGCCUUGGACACCUCCAACACCAUGGUGAAGAAGCAGGUGUUUGAUCUUCUUGCAGCCCUCAGCAUGUUUUCUACAGAUGGUCAUCGCCUUGCUCUGGAUGCUCUGGACCACUACAAGGGCGUGAAGACGCGUCACUAUCGCUUCAGCGUGAUCAUGAACGAGUUGCAAACCACAGACAAUGUUCCUUACAUGUUCACGCUCCUCAGCGUCAUCAACGCCCUCAUUUUCGGCUGCGAUGACCUGAGGCAGAGAGAUAAGAUGAGGAAAGAGUUUAUCGGGCUUCAAGUUCUUGACAUUCUACCAAAAUUACGGUGA